AUGGCUGCUCGUCACUCUGAGCUGCUGCUCGCCGCCUCCCUGCUGGCUCUGCUAGCCCCGCUCCUCGCCCUGCGCAUCGAAAACCUGGAAAGACUGAAUGCAAGGUUAGAGGACAUCACUAAUCUCCGCUCAGGUUGGCCCAAGGACUGCAGCGAGAUCUCCGCUGGCAGCCCCAGCGACAUCUACGCCAUCCAGCCCACGGGACUGCACCCCAUCGUGGUGUACUGCGAAAUGAACGUGACGGACGGGGGCUGGACGGUCAUCCAGAGGAACCGGCAGGGCACGGAGAUCACCUGGGCCGAGUCCUGGAGCACCUACAAAUACGGCUUUGGGAAUGUGCACACUGACUACUGGCUGGGCACCGAGUACAUCCAUCAGAUCGCCAACCAGAAGGUCUACCAGGUCAGGUUUGUCAUCUGGGAUGCCACAAACAACACCAAGUUCGCAGACUACAACCUCUUCAGCCUGGAAGAUGAGUCCCAGGGCUACCGGCUGCGUCUGGGAACGUACUCGGGGUCAGCAGGGGAUGCCAUGACCUCAAACAGUGCUUCCACCGUGCACGACAACAUGAAGUUCUCCACUAAAGACCUGGAUCAGGACACUUCCAGUGGGAACUGCGCCUCCAGCUCUGGGGGUGGGUGGUGGUACUCAGCAUGUUACUCCGUACGGCUGAACGUCAAGGGGGGCAUAGCGUGGGGCAGCCUGUGCAAUAGGAACUGCAAAGCUUCCGCUGUCCUCGUCAAACCAGCUCCCUACUGCUAG